AGGUUGGGGGACACUAUCUGAAUAGAUGUGUUCCUUCCUCCCUUGUGCAUGAACCCAAUUUCUGAAACGUGCCAGCAUAGCAACCAAAUACACUGGUGCAAACGUAAAGUCUACUAGGCCAGCACUCAUUUACUGUUUAGAAUCCUGGACUUAAACUUUUCUGCUUCUUAAACAGUUUUCUUCCAUUCUUGCUUCUGGUUCCUCUUCUCCCUUUUUAAGCAGAGUUGUAAGUUCCAGAUCAACAAGCCAUGCUGGUAGAUCUGUCUAGACCAGCGUGCCCAUGCCUGUCCCCUGUCAGUUCAUCCAUUUGCCAACUCUUUCCUUAAGCUCCCUCUUGCUCUUGUGAGUGAUGAUUUUGAUGCGUGGUGUCUUAGGGAGAAAUCAUUUUGCCUUCCCACUCUUAAAAAUUCCCGAUGCGUUCAUUUUGUUGGGAAAUACUUAUUCUAUGAAGAACAGAAUGUGAUUCAAGACGUAGCAUCCAAAUGCUGUUUCUGCAGUGAGAGCUGGAAAUCAGAGAGUGAUGCUUUCAUCCUGAGAGAUUAGUCAAGCCAUUUUUUCAGUGAAGGACUCCACACAUCUAGAAUAAUUUUUCCUGAAUCAAAGACAUCUGCUCUGUUUCUGCAGAACGCCCCCCACCACUCUUCUCAACGGGAGUGACAGUUAUAUAGAAGUAGUGUAAUUGGUCUCUGCACAGAGUUUCACUCUUGGAAAAAUAGCCUUUGUAUCAUUUGGUGAACCUCGAACAAAUCUGUUUCCUCCAAGCAAAAUUAUGAAAAGUAAGGCUUGAAGCAGGAAGCAGUAAAAGAAAAAAUAACUUUUGGCCAGCUAACUUUUGUGGGGUUUGUUUACAGGAGCACAAUGUACACGCUGCUUUCCGGGCUUUACAAGUAUAUGUUCCGGCGGGAUGAAUACUGCAUAUUAAUCCUGGGACUGGACAAUGCUGGAAAAACAACCUUUCUUGAACAGACUAAAACAAGAUUCAACAAGAACUACAAAGGAAUGAGUUUAUCCAAAAUCACAACCACUGUUGGUCUGAACAUUGGCACAAUAGAUGUGGGAAAAGCCCGGCUGAUGUUUUGGGACCUUGGAGGACAGGAAGAGCUUCAGUCUCUUUGGGACAAGGUAAGGUGGAUAGAUGUGAUUACAGAAGUAGUUUUCUCAUUUCAUUGAUUUUCUAUUUAUUUUACAAGAUGUAUAACUUGCCUCAGUCAGAAC